AUGUUCGACAGUUUUCGUCAAACUUCACGGCCCAAUGAAUUCACAAAUGACGUUGAAGCGACCCCAGAGGCUGCGCCCACUCCGUCGGAUGGGAGCAGUCUAGCCUGGGACACGCGAAUCCAAUGCUUCGCCGGUUGCUUCAUUCUUUCCUGUAUCGCUUCUUUAUGCGCCAGCAUCCUCUUGAUGAUCUCUAGUCUCGCCGGAUUUUGUGUGCUCACCUCGAUUGGGAGUAUUAUGUCAUUAAUCGGAACUUGCUUCUUGAUGGGACCAUUGAAGCAGCUUAAGAACAUGUUUUCCGCGAAUCGCUGGGUGGCCAGUCUCGCCUACAUUGCGUUCAUUAUGAUGGCUUUGAUAUCGGGGCUCGUGUUGAAAAACACACCACUUGCGCUGAUAUUUACCAUCCUCCAAUAUGUUGCCAUGGCCUACUAUUCGCUUACCUACAUCCCAUUCGCCAAACAAUAUAUUGAUCGAUGGCUAUGCUCCUGCCUCAAC